AUGAGCCUGAACGAGCACUCGAUGCAGGCGCUGUCCUGGCGAAAGCUCUACCUGAGCCGUGCCAAGCUGAAAGCCUCUAGCCGCACCUCCGCGCUGCUCUCCGGCUUCGCCAUGGUGGCUAUGGUAGAAGUUCAGCUAGAUGCAGAACAUGACUACCCUCAAGGCCUCUUGAUUGCCUUCAGUGCCUGUACUACUGUCCUUGUUGCAGUUCACCUUUUUGCCCUGAUGAUAAGUACCUGCAUUCUUCCAAACAUAGAGGCUGUCAGCAAUGUGCAUAACCUCAACUCCGUGAAGGAAUCCCCUCAUGAGCGUAUGCAUCGGCACAUCGAGCUUGCCUGGGCAUUUUCCACUGUCAUUGGGACUUUGCUCUUUCUUGCAGAGGUGGUGCUACUGUGUUGGGUGAAGUUUCUUCCUUUAAAGAAGAAAACAGAUAAUGCGCUCCAGAGCAACAGUUCCAGCAUCACAUCAGGACAGGCAGCAGCCAUUGCAUCAACAUCCAUUAUGGUUCCCUUCGGACUGAUUUUCAUUGUGUUUGCAGUCCACUUCUACAGGUCCCUGGUGAGCCAUAAAACAGACAGGCAAUUCCAGGAACUGAAUGAACUUGCUGAGUUUGCACGGCUCCAGGACCAGCUGGAUCACAGAGGGGAUACCAUCUCCUCAGCUGUCACCCAUUUUGCCUAAACCUGUGCUUAGAGAAAAUAAACUCACUGUUCUGCUUCUGCCUUGUUACGUUGACUACCCUGUGGAUGAACUGGUCGAGCAGUUGAUUACUGUUUAAAGAGAGAUUUUAAAUGUUGUUCUGACUCUUUCAAGAGGGGGAAAAAAAUGUUGCUCCUUUCAUAAGUUUGUCUAUCUGACAUCAGGAGUGGAUGGUGGGGUAUGCUGGCACUGCACUGUAUCCCUCCUCUCUGAGCACUGUCUAGAUUGCUCCUUGUUUGUGCUGAGUAGGGGCUGUAUAAAUGCAGGGAAAAUAACACUGUAAAUUUGGGUUUCUGUUAGAGAUGGAGCUUUUUUUCCCCUCUAUUUAUUUGAUGUUGGCAUUUACUAGAAGAUAGUUUGUCUGUUCCAUAUUGCAUGGCAUGAUACAAAUUACUUGGGAUGUGCAGCAAUUAGCACUUGGUUUCAGUGCUAGUGGUGCUCUCUAGAAAGGCUGACAGAUGGUUCAAGCAUAGGCUUCCCACCACUUCCCCAGGAUGGUUUGCUGCCAAGUAAUUAUUACUGCACUCAUUUCUCCAGCACCUUUUCACGUGGCAGUUAUGCAUUUUAUAACUCACUAAACACCCUUGACUAGUCUUACUGCGACGUGGUGUGUCCACAUGAGCAGGAAUGAGACUCUGCUCUACUCUUCCUUGGAAGAAAAUAAAAGCAAUAACUGGUUUAAAGUUCUCAUGAGCCAGCACAUACUAUCUGGAGAGAGAUUUGCCUGUUUU